AUGCAAUCAAGAAUAAGUGUUGAUGGUUUUCUGAUAAGUGCUUCAAGUGGUACACCUAGUAAUUUUAGUGGUACGUCUGAACAAGAAGACCUAGACUCAUUUCGUGAUGUGUACAUAUGGGGUCAGGUUUUGUCAAAUGGAGCAUCUGAUGGGAUUGGAACUCAAUUUCCUUCUAAGAUAGAUGUAUUGAUUCCUAAGCCUUUAGAGUCAAAUGUUAUUCUAGAUGUUUGUCAGAUUGCAACUGGUGCACACCACAUUGGUGUAGUAACUAAGGAAGGACAUGUUUUUACUUGGGGAAAAGAAUCAGGGGGAAGACUUGGUCAUGGAAUUGAUAAAGAUUUUGUCUCCCCGCGUGAGGUUAAGUUUCUUGAAGCUACUAACUUUGACUCUAUUGCAUGUGGAGAGUAUCAUACAGGUGUUAUAUCUAAAUGUUAUGAACUUUAUACAUGGGGUGAUGGAACACAUAAUGUUGGACUUCUUGGACAUGGUUCUGAGGCUAGCCAUUGGAUACCAAAAAUAGUCAAUGGCCCUUUAGAAGGACUUCAGGUUGUGUCUGUUGCAUGUGGCACAUGGCAUUCGGCAUUGGCAACCUCAAAUGGAAAACUUUUUACCUUUGGUGAUGGGGCAUUCGGUGUCUUGGGCCAUGGAGAUCAAGAGAGUGUGUGGUAUCCAAAAGAAGUACAACUUUUGAGCGGACUAAAGACUAAAAAGGUUGCAUGUGGAGUUUGGCACACAGCAGCUAUUAUAGAGGUUGCACUUCAAUCUGAUUCGAAUACUUUAUCUGGGAAGCUUUUCACAUGGGGUGAUGGGGAUAAACAUCGUUUGGGUCAUGGAAACAAAGAAACAUACCUUCAACCUACCCGUGUUGGUCCACUUAUGGAAUAUAAUUUCCACCAAGUAGCAUGUGGGCACACAAUGACUGUAGCUCUCACCACAUCUGGUCAUAUAUUUUCCAUGGGAGGCACAGAACAUGGUCAAUUAGGAAAUCCUGUGUCGGUUGGGAAAAUACCUACUCUGGUACAAGAUAAGUUGCUUGGUGAGUAUGUUGAGAAAAUAUCAUGUGGAGCACAUCAUGUUGCUGUCUUGACAACAAAAGGUGGACUAUUUACAUGGGGAAUGGGUGCCAAUGGAAGAUUAGGACAUGGAGAUUUAGAAAAUAGGAAAUCUCCUACAUUGGUGAUAGCCUUAAAGGAUAGGAUUAUAAAAAACAUCUCAUGUGGCUCUAAUUUUACAUCGUGUAUAUGCGUCCAUAAAUGGGUAUCUGGAGUUGAUCAAGCUCUUUGUUCUGGUUGUCGACAACCGUUUGGUUUAACAAGAUUAAAGCAUAAUUGUCACAACUGUGGUUUGGUAUUUUGCCAUGCUUGUAGUUCUAGAAAGUCAUUAAAAACAGCAUUGACUGCAACACCAGAAAGACCUCACCGUGUGUGUGAUAAUUGUUACGUUAAGCUUAAAGUUGUUAAUGAAAAUGAUGCUUCCAAGUUAGACAGAAAAACUACUCCUUCUCAUUACACCAUAAAUGAAAAGGAAAAAUCAAACCAAGGAGUAAUAAAGUCUGCAAAAACUUUCUUGGCUCCUAUCACGGAACCAGUGAAAUACCUGGAAAUAAAGAAUAAUAAUCCUGAAAGCAGUGAUUCUGCUUCCUUUGUACGAGCUUCUCUUGUUCCAUCUCUUGUACAACUGAAAGAUGUGUCAUUUCCAGGUUCACUCGGUACUUUUCAAAAUGUUUUGAAGCCUAUUAUACCUCCUAGUCCACCACAAACUCCGCCGCCACAAACCAAUUCGGGGCCCCUAUUCACAACCACAAGACAAAGCCCUACGCGUCCUGCCAGUCCUGGAUAUUUUGGAUGUGGUAACGACAAUUUAAGAAUGAAAAAUCAUCUUUUGAAUCAAGAAGUUUCAAAGUUACAGAAACAGGUAAAUCCAAUAUUGUUGUAA